CAAUAAAAUAAUCGCACACCCCUCCUCUAGAAUAAAUAAACAAUAAACUUAACCCAAACAUAGCUUCACACUCUUUACCUCUCUCUAUUCUUCUCGCACUCUCUUCACCCUCUAUAAUAUUAAUUUCCAACUACUUGUAUUCUAUCAAUACAAUAUAUUAUCCAUUGAAAAUCCAAACACAUUUAAACAUAGAAAAUUAAUUGAAUUGAGAGAUAAAUAAAACAAAAAAAUAGAAAAUAAUACUUACAAUGAAAGGAGAAGAAUACAUAGAGCAACAUUCAAAUCCUAAAGGAAGUGAAAUUCAAACCCCACCUUCUUUAUUAUUCUCAAAGCUUCAUCAAUCACAACCAUUUCCUCACAAUCCUUACCAACUCUCCAAUCAAUGUCAAACGAUCGCUACUGAUGACGACAAUAACCGCACCGGAGGAGGUGCAACCGCCAACAAACAGAAUUCCUCCGGCGAUGGCGCCACAAUCGAAGUCAUUAGACGGCCGAGAGGACGUCCGCCUGGUUCCAAAAACAAACCGAAACCGCCAGUUAUCAUAACACGCGAUCCUGAACCUGCUAUGAGUCCUUUUAUUCUAGAAGUUUCUGGUGGAAACGACGUCGUUCUAGCUAUUGCACAGUUUAGUCGCCGGAAGAAUAUAGGUUUAUGUGUGUUAACCGGUUCAGGAACCGUCGCUAACGUUACUCUCCGUCAACCUUCGACUACGCCUGGAGCUACUGUUACUUUUCACGGACGUUUUGAUAUUUUAUCUGUAACCGCUACUUUUCUUCCUCAACAAUCUGGUGCUUCUCCAGCGGUUCCUAGUGGCUUUUCAAUCACGCUCGCCGGACCUCAGGGACAGAUCGUCGGAGGUUUGGUUGCCGGAAACUUGAUAGCGGCGGGAACGGUGUAUGUUAUCGCUGGUUCUUUCAAUAAUCCUUCGUAUCAUAGGUUACCGAUGGAGGAAGAAGUUCGGAACUCGGAGUCCGGUGGUGAUGGAAAUUCGGCAAAUGUUUCCGGUGCGGUGGAUAGCGGUCAAGGUCAGGGUGAAUCGUGUGGGAUGUCUAUGUACAGCUGUCACUUGCCGUCCGAUGUGAUUUGGGCUCCACCAGCAAGACCACCACCUUACUGAUAAAUCGCAUUUUCGUUUUUUAUUUUUUAUUUCUUGCUGCAAUUGUGAGAUUUAGUUUUAUUUCCAUAUGCUGGUUAUUUUAUUUUAAUUAUUAGAUUAAUAUUAUCUCUGUUUAAGUAUUAUUAAGUAUAAUUAGCUUCAGUUUAUAAACAGAAAUAUUAGCAACGUACACUAGUUUAGAGUGCUAGUUAUGUAGCUAGAUUAAAGUUUAUUUUCAGUGUUAUAUCAUCAUAUGAAAAUUGAAUUUGUUUAAUUCAUCAUGUAGUCCCGUUGAGUUGCUGUAA